CUGCGCUGGGGUAUGCGGUACCGCCUCGCGUGUCUGCUGCACAGCGCGCUGCCCAGCACCUUCCGUCCGGUCCCCGGCGCUCACCUGCUGUCCCCGAAGCGCCUCAGUAGUGUCCAAAAGAAGACUUACAUCAAAAUGAACAACCCAGCUAUUAAGAGACUAGGAGACCACAUUGUCAAGUCUCCUGAAGAUAAGCGGGAAUACCGAGGACUGGAGCUGGCCAAUGGCAUCAAGGUCCUUCUCAUCAGCGAUCCUACCACAGAUAAGUCAUCAGCAGCACUUGAUGUACACAUAGGUUCAUUGUCGGAUCCUCCAAAUAUUGCUGGCUUAAGUCAUUUUUGUGAACAUAUGCUAUUUUUGGGAACAAAGAAAUACCCUAAAGAAAAUGAAUACAGCCAGUUUCUGAGUGAGCAUGCAGGAAGUUCAAAUGCCUUCACUAGUGGAGAGCAUACUAAUUACUAUUUUGAUGUUUCCCAUGAGCAUCUCGAAGGUGCCCUGGACAGGUUUGCACAGUUUUUCCUGUGCCCCUUGUUUGAUGAGAGUUGCAAAGACAGAGAGGUGAAUGCAGUUGAUUCAGAACACGAGAAGAAUGUGAUGAAUGAUGCCUGGAGACUCUUUCAGUUGGAAAAAGCAACAGGGAACCCUAAACACCCCUUCAGCAAAUUUGGGACAGGUAACAAAUAUACUCUAGAGACUAGACCAAACCAAGAAGGCAUUGAUGUAAGACAAGAGCUACUACAGUUCCAUUCUACUUAUUAUUCAUCCAACUUAAUGUCUAUUUGUGUUUUGGGUCGAGAAUCCCUGGAUGACUUGACUAAUCUGGUGGUAAAAUUGUUUUCUGAAGUAGAGAACAAAAACGUCCCAUUACCAGAAUUUCCUGAACACCCUUUCCAGGAGGAACAUCUUAAACAACUUUACAAAGUGGUACCCAUUAAAGAUAUUAGGAAUCUUUAUGUGACAUUUCCCAUACCUGAUCUUCAAAAAUACUACAAAUCAAAUCCUGGCCAUUAUCUUGGUCAUCUCAUUGGGCAUGAAGGUCCUGGAAGUCUACUAUCAGAACUUAAAUCAAAGGGCUGGGUAAAUACUCUUGUUGGUGGGCAAAAGGAAGGAGCCCGAGGUUUUAUGUUUUUUAUCAUUAAUGUGGACUUGACUGAAGAAGGAUUGUUACAUGUUGAAGAUAUAAUUCUGCACAUGUUUCAGUACAUUCAGAAGUUACGGGCAGAAGGACCUCAAGAAUGGGUUUUCCAAGAGUGCAAGGACUUGAAUGCUGUUGCUUUUAGAUUUAAAGAUAAGGAAAGACCAAGGGGCUACACUUCAAAGAUUGCAGGAAUAUUGCAUUAUUAUCCCCUAGAAGAAGUGCUUACAGCUGAAUAUUUGCUGGAAGAAUUUAGACCUGAUUUAAUAGAGAUGGUUCUUGAUAAGCUCAGACCAGAAAAUGUUCGGGUUGCCAUUGUUUCCAAAUCUUUUGAAGGAAAAACCGAUCGCACAGAGGAGUGGUACGGCACCCAGUAUAAACAAGAAGCCAUACCAGAUGAAGUCAUUAAGAAAUGGCAAAAUGCUGACCUGAAUGGGAACCUUAAACUUCCAACAAAGAAUGAAUUUAUUCCCACAAAUUUUGAGAUUUUAUCAUUAGAAAAAGAAGCAACGCCAUAUCCUGCUCUUAUUAAGGACACAGCCAUGAGCAAACUCUGGUUCAAACAAGAUGAUAAAUUUUUCUUGCCAAAAGCUUGUCUCAACUUUGAAUUUUUCAGCCCCUUUGUGUAUGUGGACCCCUUGCACUAUAACAUGGCCUAUUUGUACCUUGAGCUCCUCAAAGACUCACUCAACGAGUAUGCAUAUGCAGCAGAGCUAGCAGGCUUGAGCUAUGACCUCCAAAAUACCAUCUAUGGGAUAUAUCUCUCAGUGAAAGGUUACAAUGACAAGCAGCCAAUUCUGCUAAAGAAGAUUAUUGAGAAAAUGGCUACCUUUGAGAUUGAUGAAAAAAGAUUUGAAAUUAUCAAGGAGGCAUACAUGCGCUCUCUUAACAACUUCCGAGCUGAGCAGCCCCACCAGCAUGCCAUGUACUACCUGCGCCUGCUGAUGACUGAAGUCGCCUGGACCAAAGACGAGCUGAAGGGAGCCCUGGAUGAUGUCACCCUCCCUCGCCUUAAGGCCUUCAUACCUCAGCUUCUGUCCCGGUUGCACAUUGAAGCACUUCUCCAUGGAAACAUAACAAAGCAGGCUGCAUUAGGAAUUAUGCAAAUGGUUGAAGACACCCUCAUUGAACAUGCUCAUACCAAACCUCUCCUUCCAAGUCAGCUGGUUCGGUAUAGAGAAGUUCAGCUUCCUGACAGAGGAUGGUUUGUUUACCAGCAGAGGAAUGAAAUUCACAAUAACUGUGGCAUCGAGAUCUACUACCAGACAGACAUGCAGAGCACGUCCGAGAACAUGUUCCUGGAGCUCUUCUGUCAGAUCAUCUCGGAGCCUUGCUUCAACACCCUGCGCACCAAGGAGCAGCUGGGCUACAUUGUCUUCAGCGGACCACGUCGAGCCAACGGAAUACAGGGUUUGCGAUUCAUAAUCCAGUCAGAAAAGCCACCUCACUACCUAGAAAGCAGAGUGGAAGCUUUCUUAAUUACCAUGGAAAGGUCCAUAGAGGACAUGACAGAAGAGGCCUUCCAGAAACACAUUCAAGCAUUAGCAAUUCGUCGACUAGACAAACCAAAGAAGCUGUCUGCAGAAUGUGCUAAAUACUGGGGAGAAAUCAUCUCCCAGCAAUACAAUUUUGAUCGAGAUAAUACAGAAGUGGCUUAUUUGAAAACACUUAGCAAGGAAGAUAUUAUCAAGUUCUACAAGGAAAUGUUGGCAGUAGACGCCCCAAGGAGACAUAAGGUGUCCGUUCAUGUUCUUGCCAGGGAAAUGGAUUCUUGUCCCGUGGUUGGAGUGUUCCCGUGUCAAAAUGAUGUGAAUUUGUCACAAGCACCAGCCUUGCCGCAACCUGAAGUGAUUCAGAACAUGACGGAGUUCAAGCGUGGUUUACCAUUGUUCCCCCUCGUGAAACCACAUGUCAACUUCAUGGCUGCAAAACUCUGAAGGUCCUCUUGGGUGAAAAGUGCAAGUGGCUCACUCCUGCACCUGCCAGGGCCUGGGAACCAAUCUUGGCCACUAGUAGCUUUUGUUUCCUUGAGAGACAAAAGAAAAAAUGAAGCUGUCAUUAUGUAGAAAUACUAAAAAUCCAAAGUAAUUAUAUUACAAAAUCUUAUACAUGUAGAAUAUUUUAAAAAUACAUGCCUCUUCAAUAUUUAAAAAUAAUUCUUUUCAUUACUAAGAGAAAUCUCCCAUAUUAAACAGUGCUUAAAAUGAUGAAUGAUAUUCCUAUAGAAUCUUCUAUCCCUAGUGUGUAAAAUAGUCACUUUCCAGGAGAAAAGUUAGAUUUUUUUUUUUAAGCCUCUUAGGUUGGCUGAGAAGGCUGCAAAACAUGAGACAGGUAAUACCUUUUUAAAAAGUGAUUCUCAAAUUUGCUUUCUUUUUUGAUGAUUUCAUGUACAUCAGUGGAGAACCUUACAUUUGAACAAAGCCACAUAGUCUUUUAUUCGUGAAACUGCUGAUUAUAGAAGGCAUGGUUUUAAUCUUUUUAUAAAAUUUGAACAUGUUUUAUAUAUAAAUUAGUAAAAUGCUGGAAAACCCUAGAACAUCCUACUUAUUACAGUGCUAGAAAUCGUUAUCUUACAUCAAUUUUGUCCCCAGAGGAACUUCUCAGGGUCACUGUGGCUUGUUUCUUCCUGACGAGCCCCAUUGGCAGUCUUGUGUUCACUGUGGUUUGCAGGGUCCUGACAGCUCCACUUUGUCUCAUCAACAUGUCGCCGUAGCUAUUGAACAAGGACCAGUAGGGUCCCCUUCAGAUUCCACUGAGUGGGAUGUACCCUUACAACAUCAUCAGUGACACACACCCAACCAACUUCUUACUUCCAUGAAGUUGCAGUCGGCAUGUGAGCCAAAACACCCCCCUCCCACCCAUCCCCGGCCAUACACACUAUGAAUUUAAAAAGCAACAAAUACAAAGCCACUUUUUUGGAGAUAGAAAUCAACAAACAAACCUGGAUUCUUAAAUAGCACGAUUUCCUAAAGACUAAAAAACCUUGUUGCCACCAGUCUAAUCUUGCUUAAGUGUUAAGCUUGUGGCUUUGACCCUGUAAAUAUAAACAUGCAAGCACACAUGACGACUGGAGUGGACUUUAAACAAUCUUUCCUCAUGAGAUUCUAUUUCUUCUCAAAUUGUUACUCGACACUUAACAACUAUUUUCACAUAUUUACUGAUAGUAAAACUUGCUUCAAGAGAAAUUGUGACUAUGAAGGCUCUUCAAAAAGUCCAGGUAAUCCCAAUUCCCCAUCGACUUUCUGAAACCUUCUUGGGCACCUCCUCGGCUACAUCCAGGCCCUUACUGUCCGCCAUCAGGCAAAGUCAAGGACAGGCUUUUCAAAUGACAUUUUACCUCCAUCUGGAUUGUUUGCCCAAGAUUUCUUUCAGUGGAGUUGUUUUUCACAUCUUGAGUUUGUACAUCAUUUUCCUAUUGGUCUAAAUUUGGGGCAAGAACGCUAAGUCACAAUUUUGGGCGCUGCUCUUGAGCACAGGGCUCUAUUUCUCCUCUCAGAUUCACGUGGUGCUGUAACUGUCUCUGUCCCCCCCUUCAAGAGCCUGCGUGUGUGAGCCCCGACUAGUCCUCAGAAGGCCUGUGAGUCAUGGCCCCUUCUGGUCUUACGCAUUUGUAGACUCUGCACGAGAAACCUAAAAUUAUCCCUGAGUGUUUAAAUCUGCCGCUAGAAGAGUAAGUAAAAUCCUACCUACCUUUUCGUGGAAAACCAUGUGCUACUGAGUAAUUUUUAGCUCUUUUUUCUUCUUUUUUUUUUAACGGGCGAAAUUUAAUCGUGUCACUUCUAGGAGAAAGGUGCCUGACGCGAUCUGUCGUCUUCCAGUAGCCUCUGGUGGUGGUUCAGUGUGCGCCAGCACUGUCUGCUCUCCAGACCGGCUCCAGAGCCCCUGUGGUCACUCAGGCACACCAGUGGAUUCAUGUCACAAGGUCCAAGCUGCAGUCCAGGAGCAAUAACCCUCCCCCUGGGUACUGCUAUUCACUCGGUGCUUGGUGUGUGAGAUUUGUGAAGGAGACUUCACGUUGUUCAUCAACCUGUGACUCUAAAAACAAAAAGCCUUCGCUUUGACUAAGUUGAUGGGGAAAGAGAGGGCAUGUGACACAGCCGGUGCGGUGUUGUGCUAGGGUUAUCCUGUUUACAAUAAAUCGCCUGAAUCCAA